AGAACUACAUUUCCCAGAAUGCUGUUUUCUGUACAUUGGCUCAUGUUAUACAUGGGGGAAUAUGAGAGCGGCGGAGGAACCGAAAGCGACAGCAGAAUACCUGACGAUAAGUAUAACGUUAAAGAGUGGUCGUGAAAUGGGGAGGAUUCAAAGCCAAAUCACCCAGAACAGGCUGUCGAAAAAGGAAAAUCGUAUUUGGCGUUGUAUUUGUUUAAUAUAGAUUUGGCGUGGACUGGGGUAAGGCACCUCCCUGCCUGCUCUGCACCGGGGUGUGUGCGUGUUUUUCGGGUAGGCUUCAUCGCAUCACCGCGCUGCAGUGUGUUACUGGAACCGAGCUGAGGUGCCACGCCGUCGGCCGAUACUAUGUCAAAAACUGAGAGAGACCAAGUAGCACUGCGACUCAAUCCUACUGACCUAUGCAAUGAAAAAAAUGGCAACUUUGCUCUCUAACAGCUGUGGUUUGUAGCCAUAAAGAAGUGCAAGUGUGCCGAAAAAUAUAGUGGAGCGUGUUUGGUGCCUGUUAUUAAAAAGCAGCUUUGAAAAGCAGCAAUAGGCAGUCCGCAUGGAACGAGCAGGAAGCAUCCAACUUGAUAUUCCGGACUUCAGCAACUCCGUCCUGUCGCAUCUGAACCAGUUGCGAAUACAGGGCCGUCUGUGUGACAUUGUGGUCAAUGUUCAGGGCCACAGUUUUCGUGCCCACAAGGUGGUCCUCGCCGCCAGCUCACCCUACUUCAGGGAUCACAUGUCACUGAGCGAGAUGAGCACCGUGUCCAUAUCAGUAAUCCGCAACCCAACCGUGUUCGAGCAGCUACUUUCCUUCUGCUACACGGGACGCUUGUGCUUGCAGCUCGCUGAUAUCAUCAGCUACCUGACGGCUGCCAGCUUCCUUCAAAUGCAGCACAUUAUUGAUCGGUGCACCCAGAUUUUAGAGGGAAUCCACUUUAAAAUCAGUCUGUCAGAUGUGGAAGGGGAGAUCGGGAAAGGGGUUCACAGGACUGCCAACCAAACCGUUGACUCAGGAAGAGGUGGGACCGGGUUAGGUGGGUCCAGCUCCCUAAGUCCCAGACAUACCAGUUCCCGAUUGAUUGGCAACACUGGGGUGAUCAACAUCCGUGAUGUGAGGGAAGUCAGAGAGAUCAGUCCCCCUGGGGAAUCCAUGAGUCCCCAGAUUGUGGAGCACAGUGGCAUUGGCUCAGAGGAGGUGGGAACUGGGAAAGAGCCCAUUCUCCGAAUUAACCGAGCUGGGCAGUGGUAUGUCGAGACGGGGACUGAGGUGGAGAGAGGAGGAGAAGAGAACGUGCGGAUGGUGGACGGGUUUCGGAUUAAGACGGAAAGGAUGGAUGAGUGGAUGGGAGCUGAGACCCAGGCUUCGGCGGAAGAGGGCAGUGGGGCCGAGGAGGGGCCGACAGUGAUGAUUGACACCUCAGGACGUAGCACACUGGUGCAGGAAGGAGGGAGAGGCGGGAAAAGCUCCCAGCCGUCCAGCAGCUUCAGUGAAACUGAGAGGUUUAGUCCAACAGGAAGUGUGGUUGUGAUGGCUGAUCACCAGAGAUCCAAGAGUGAGUCUCCAGGAAGAGUUGACGAUCAGAGACACCCCAGCUCACAGGGAGAGGAACAAGCUGUGUUUGACAUGGGGGGAUACGAGGAGUACCUACGAGAACAGGUAGGUGAUCGGUGGUUCCGCUACAACCCCCGUCUCACCUGCAUUUACUGCUGCAAGUCCUUCAACCAGAAGGGCAGCUUAGAUCGCCACAUGCGUCUGCACAUGGGCAUUACCCCCUUCGUUUGCCGAAUCUGCGGGAAGAAGUACACCCGCAAGGACCAACUCGAAUACCACAUCCGUAAGCACACAGGAAAUAAGCCUUUCCAUUGCCACGUCUGCGGCAAGAGCUUCCCGUUCCAGGCAAUCCUCAACCAGCACUUCCGCAAAAACCAUCCAGGUUGUGCCCCACAGGAGGUGUCCCAUAGUGCCUCACCCGAGACUACCACGGUCACCUCCCGUGGAGGCCAAAACGAAGAUGAGUCGCCCUCCCAGGAGGAAUCUGAGGGCAAUGGUGGAGGGGGAGGUGGCGGCUCGUCCUUCGGAGAAGGUGUCCAACCUUCGGUAUCCACCACUGGCCCCGACUGAAAGGCUUUGAACAAAAACGUCACAAGUUUAGAGAGACACAGGACAGUGGGGUCCAACAGGACCUUCUCUUGAGAAAUCCCUCUGUCCCUUGUCUCCCACCAUCAACACUGAAUUUACAAGUUGGAAGGAGUUGAGUGAGCAGGAGGUUCUCUCAGCUGCUGUCGAUGAGGAACGGAUAAAAAAAGGGAAGUCUUCUGCAUCCUACUUGGACGAAGAUCCUCUAUUUUUUCCAGUGAUAACAAAGAUGCAAGGAACAAUUUGGUAGGAAUAGUGUUCUCUAGGGAUUUAUAAAUGGUAUUUCUGCUUUAAACCACAUCUACCUUCACCAUGCAAACUGAACAGGACGUCAAUAUAUGAAGACAAGCCACACUCCAACAACCUCACACACCACUGGAUGCAGUGUUUUUUUUCUUUUCAUUUCCUGUCUUUUAUAUGUUAUUUUUAUAUUUUUGUACUACUACAGAUCUUUCAGGAUAAACUAAAAGAGAAGCUCUAGCAAUGAUUUGGUCAAAUUGCGUCAAAAUUGCCAAACUUCUUUGUGCCAGAUGAUGAGUUGUAAAAAGAGAGGACAUCGUAGUCCUUUGCUACUUUGCCUUGAGACAAUCUUGAUAAAUUAACCUGGGGCUAGACUUUGCGCUCCCCAGCCAUGGCAAGCUUAGGAAAACGGGUUCAGUUUUUUUAUUAGGGACCCUCAGGUCUGACCUAACAUCAGAUUCUUGAUUCAUUUUUUCCGUUUUGUGUUAAGUGCCGAUCCGGCCUGCCAUAGAACCGAAACACAUUGCUCACAUUACAAGGAAAUUGUUUUUCUAGAACUUUGGGUUUAUAACAAGAAUAACUCGCAUCAUUAUUUUACUUUUUAAAGUUGGUAGAGAUACUGUGAUAUAGGCACUCAUGGUGAAAAUACAUUGGUAGAGUAUAGCAGUGACACAUUUAUUUCAAGUUUAGUUCACAUUAAUGCCUUCAUACAUCUCUAAACUGAACAACUCAGCUGCUGAAUGUUGGCGAUACAGUGAUAUAAAACAAGGAAAUCCUUCAACCUCAGAUAAGCUACAAUAGACCGCUCAGUUACCUCUCUCUCACAUUACUUCGCAAUACUGAUCUGUCGCACACAGAUGCGUGGAUGCACUCAGCUGAAUUUAAUGUUCAGUGUUCAUUUCUUUUCAUACAUUUACGUCACUCGUUGAGAUUCGCUAGUGUCACCAACUUUUUUGUUUUACUGGUCUGGCAAUAUUUUGUUUAUAAGAAUGUGUUUGACCAGGAGUAAGGGGUCUCUUAGGGGAUGUACCCUUGUUCCUUUUUUUGUGUCAAGACAUAAGAAAUGAGUCUAAGGCUGAGACGAACCAAAAUGCGGACUUGGUCGCCUACGCCGUUUAGGAAAACGUAAACCGUAUGUCUGUGAUGUCUGGGAUACGCCGAAAUGCCACGGAAUGACUUUGAGUGUAAGAUUUCCCUUCAUCUGAUGGAAGGCACUUGAACCUUGGGGUCAAGUGUCUUUACACUUGGCUUAUGAACAGAUGUUUCCAGUUGAUGCUUUCAGUAACCAAAACAACUGAAACUGGAAGUUCUUAAACCCUUAAGAUUUGGAGGGUGAAGAGGAAAAAAGAGAUUACAUCAGGCACUUAAAAAAUGGGAUGGGGAUGUGUUUUGUUUUGUUUUUAGAAUUUUUGUAUAUCUAUAUACAUGCGUCACUUAUGCAUAUUUAGACAAAUUUAUACUUGUAAUAACUAUACAGAGACAGUUUCUAGAAUGAUCAACAAAAACAAAGGCGUUUUAAGCGAAAGUAAAACUGUUAUCAUUUUUAUAAGGCUGUGAAUCACACUUGGUUGUGACUGAUUUUUAUGAAAGGGUUGAUGCAUAUAAAAAUCAGCUACUGAUGUUUAAAAUAGGGAUUUUGUGCACCUCACAUAAUAUCAACACAGGUCAGAACUUUUACCGUUACUCACAUCUGUAAACACAGGUCAACAGGUAAACACUUCUUACAAAUAUCAGGAACUCACUGUUUACUGUUUUUUUGUUGUUGUUAGCUUGUACCAAGCAGAUUUUUUUUACUUAGAAUUCUAGCUCUGAGUAAAUUGGGUCGACAUAUUUCACAAGUGCAGAAAAAAAAAACCUACAUAUGAACAUUUCCUCUCAAUGUAAAUACUCAUGCCUCAGAAGUAGUCACAGUGAAAUACAAUCCUGAAAAUGUUAUAAUUUCACAUUUGUUGUACAGCACAGAACCCAGGUAAAUAGAAAAGCAUGUUAACAUUGCUUUUAUAUGUCACAGUGCAACCUCAUGAUAUUAGAAAAGGGCAAAGGAUUUUGUCUGUAAACAUAAUCAUAAUCUAAUAUGUUAUAAUAUAUCCAAAAAAAAAAAGUUAUUUUUUAUGGACUUUGCUUUUAAGUUUCAAUUAGGUUUGGGGCAUGGGCCUGUUUUGUCAUAUAUAGGUGAUAGUGACUUAAAUUAUCUCUCUGUGAAUGAAUUAAUUGCAAUCUAAUAACAAGGGAUCUAUAUCUAUAAUCAGUCAUUCCAGUUAUCUUACUGCAUAUUUUAGAAAGUCUAAAUUUAAUAAUUAAUUUGGGCUUUAGGGCUUAUGAUAACUUUAAGCAUGUUUUCCCUUUGUGCAUAUCUGGCGUUGAUCUUGAAAACAUUGAUGGUUUUUAUUUGAAACAAUAUUAUUCAUUCAAAUAUUAUGUUUGGCUUUUGUAUUAGUUUUCAAGCUUUAAAUAACAUGGUGGAGGAUAAAUGUGUUGCUGCAGUGUAUAUAUUAGGCUGUAAUAUUUAAUGUUUCUGCAUGACAAUACAUCUACUGCAGUUUAAUGGUGUUGACUGAACAAGUCAUUUCUAACCAAAAUGUGUCUAAUCUUAACGCAGUGUUACAGAAUGUGCAGUUUCAAAUGAAGCUACUUUUGAAGCAAUAUUUCACCCCAAUUCCAGUUCAGAAAUUGCUUUCAGAUGAAGUGGUGCAAAAUUAAAAUGCACUAUAACAAACGCGUUAUCUUUUUAAAAGUUGUGAAACUGAUGACCAGUUGUUUCUCAAUUUAGAAAAAAUCUGUAUCUUGAACUUAUAAAGCAAUUAUACAUAUUGGCAAAUGCGAUAAAAUUUGUUUCAGUGAUUGCAUUAACACGCCCCCCCCCCACCUCCCCUCAUUUGUUUCAUAGUCUAGCUUGUGAAAAGUUAUAGUGCAUGUCUCUACUUACUAGUUUUUUGGUAAGACCGAAUGACAACACUGAGCCAUAACUUCAGAGUUUGUUCAGUAUUGUCCCUCUGGAGCAAAUAUUUUGUACUAGCAACACAUUUUACUUGGGUGCAAACAGACUACGUAUAUUUUUCAUAACUUAGUCUGUCUGAAAAGCAAGCAAACAAAUUUUUAUACCUCAAAAGAGUCUUUUGACAAGGAAAUAAGACAUUGUUUUCCUUCUGACCCGUCGAGUUAAAGUGUAUUUGCAUGUUGUCUUUGUCUUUUGUUGCGGCCAAACAUAAAUACAUUUCCUGGCAUCUAAAUUUGCACCAAUAGAAGCCAAAAAAUUGACUUUUACAAUUUGUCUUGCUAUGUUGUUUUAUUUUGCAAAAGGCAAUAUAGUCUGUAAAGUUCUUUCCAUGUGUCUUAUGAGACGUUAAUCACUUUAAUUUAAAUCAUACUUCAGGAAAUAUUUUAUCUUGCAUAUCCAUGAAAUAAAACAAAAUAUAAUAGGUAUUUUAGUGUUAAAAAAGGUCCACAUUUUAAAACAUGAGCAUUAUUGUCGUAGAAGUCAAUUACUCUAAUUGAAAUAGCAAAUCAGAAUAAUUAUUGAGAAAGUCAAUGUUUAAACAUUUUUUGAUUUUAGAAAUGAUAUUCGUAGGUGAUUAAGGUAUUUGAAAUUGAGAUUAUGAUUACUUAAAAUUUAAGACUUCUCACAUUUAAAAUGGUACAGCAAUCAGAAAGAUUAAUCAUGAUUAAUAAUGUGAAUGCCAUUUUCACAAUAACCACUGUUUUUUUCCUCACUGGCAAUGUGUCAAAUCCAUUCUUCUAAAUAGAAAUAAAGCACUUUAAGUGUAACUGUGAAGGAUUUUUAAUUCUGUUCUUUAAAUGUAUAAUUAUGUAAGCCCAGAUUGUGUGAUACUGCUAAACCCAAAUUUCUAAUAUGAAAAAAUAAACCUGUUUUAUCCUUUU